CGGAAAUGAAUUGAUAUUGGUCGUGAUCGAUCGUUGAAAACACCUAAAAACUACCAUGAAAAUACCACUUAUAACUAUUUUUAUUUUUCUAGAAUUGUUUGGCUCUUAUUUAGCACACUUUUCUCCAGAUCCUACGGUUAUUCUCAUAUCAUUUGAUGGAUUUCGAUGGGAUUAUAUGGACAAAACACGAACCGAAAAUUUGGAUUUCGUUGUCAAGAACGGAGUAAAAGCAAAAUACAUGGAAAAUACGUUCGUAACCAAGACAUUUCCCAAUCAUUUUACUAUAGUUACGGGUUUGUAUGAAGAAAGCCAUGGUAUUGUUGCCAAUGAGAUGUAUGAUCCAGUGUUUAAAUCCUGGUUUCAUGUCGGAAACAACGAAACAAGAUGGUGGAACGGUGGCGAACCUUUGUGGGUUACGAAUCAGAAAGCAGGAGGUAAAAGUGCAACUGUGUUCUGGCCUGGUUCGGAUGUAAAAAUCAGAGGUCAAUAUCCUACCUAUUACCUGAAGUACAAUCACAACCUUAGUUACAAGGCUAGGGUCGACAAGGUAAUCGAACUUUUAAGCAUGAAAAAUCCUCCGUCGUUUCUGACAAUGUAUCUUGAAGAGCCCGACCAUUCCGGUCAUCAUUAUGGCMCUGAUUCUAAAGAAGUUAUUGCGGCUAUUAAGAAGGUCGAUGAUGCAACUGGAUACUUGAUCAACAAACUCAAAAGCAAGGGACUUUUAGAUGAGGUAAACAUUAUUAUCACCAGUGACCAUGGAAUGACAAAUAUAUCCACAAAUAGGGUUAUAUAUCUUAGUGACUACAUACCUUCAGAAAAUUAUACCCCUGUAGUCUCUGGUACCUGGGACUCAUUCAUGUUCCUGUGGCCUAAACCAGGAAAAACAGAUCAAAUAUAUAACUUACUCAAAAAUGUCUCAAAUAUGGAAGUAUAUAAGAAAGACGACAUUCCAGCUGAAUAUCAUUAUAGCAAAAACAGACGUAUAGGGCCAAUAUUGAUUGUUGGUAAGCUAGGAUGGUCAAUUGCUCUUAACAGAUCAGCUAAGAUCACACAACAWGGUAACCAUGGAUACAGCAACAAAUAUAAAGACAUGYGUCCAUUCUUUAUAGCAAGAGGGCCUGCAUUUAAGAAAGGCUACAUUUCAGAACCAUUUCAAAAUGUAGACAUUUAUCCACUUAUUUGUCAUAUUCUUGGUAUUACUCCAGCACCUAAUAAUGGCUCUUUAUCAAGGGUUUCAAGCCUUUUGGUGGCCAAUAACCAUAAUUAUACAUUACUAAUUGCAGUYAUUUCUUUUGCACUUUUAGUUUUCAUUCUUAUGAGUUAUGGUAUCAUUUCAUUUGGUGUAAAAAAUCACCGUAAAAUGAACAAGUAUAACCAAAUAUAUGAUCUAGGACCAGUGCUUUAGACUCCUCCAAAUCUGAUUCUUCAUUUAAAAUACACUAUAACUACGGUGGAUUUAAAAAUGUAAAUUUGUAAAUGUAAUUYWUAUAGAUUUCUAYAUUACCAUUCAAAAAUAAUCUAAUAGGAAAUAUAAAUAUUAUAGUGCUACUUGCAUGAAAUGCCCUUAUUUCAAAACUUCAAGCAAUACAAAUAUAUGAUUCAUUUAUAUCUGUUAAAAACAAUUGCAGGAAAAUAUUUGUCUUGGAAUUAUCCCACAUCAUAGACAUUUUCGAUUCAAAAGAUUGAAGAACAAAAGGAUGGAGUAAAUGACAUCAUUUGCUCCAACAUUU